GACGCCGAAGCAGCACUUGCUGCCUGCAAUGGUAUUCCAUGGCCUUCGACAUGGCCACAGCGUCACGACGGAAAGACCUUGCAGUUGAUGUUCAAAGCCGACUGGCUUCGCGAGCGCCGUGAUUACAAUGCGCUUUACAAAGCAGUCAAGGGCCCAUCGUUCCAGACAACGUUUACUAAGCGAGAAGCCGCGCGAGAGGAUGUGGCUGAGGGCUUUGGCACCGCCGAGCCAUCGCCUUCCGUAGACGUGAACCCUGAAGCCACUGAAGCCCCGCAAGCUGCAGCCAGACGAAAGCCACCUGGGUCUGAGAUACCUGGAUGCCUUGUGAGACUGACUGGGUUCUCUGAUGCUGAGAACGUACUUUGCAUCCGUCAAUAUGUUGAGCAUGCUGUGACAGUUGUCUAUUGUGACUACAUACCCAACACGACAGUUGCCCAUGUUCGGCUACCGUCUCCGGGAGACUGUGUCAGGCUUCUCGAAGACAUGAAACUUACCAGUCGUUUGCUGGGAUGUCAUAGGCCAACUGCGGAAGUCUUGAGUCCUGAAGAGGAGGAGAAAUAUUGGGUCGAGAGACUCGCCGCCUCUGUUCGAAGUCGGGAGCCGAUUUCCAAAAAGAGAGGCUUAACACCUCAAGCAUUUCUCAGGCGGGAUCUUGAUCACAAAGUUUCACGAAUCAGGCGAUGGUGUCCAAAAGUUGCUUCUGCUUCACACAAGUUCAGAGCUGGCUUUACAGACACUGCGGGAAGUAAUGCAGACUUUGUCCCAGCUGGGUUCGGCAAGGCGAGGCGUGCAGCCAAGGUGGUGCCGCCAAGAGAAUCAGGUGAAGCACCCGAACUUCCGCCCUCCUCGAAGGUUCGACGGAAGGAAGGAUCCCCUCGCCGGGGCCCGCUCGUCCCGCCCCCAAGCCCAUUCCAGCUGCCAGGCACUACUCGCACGAGGGCCCGACCUGCAAGGAGAGCACCGUCUGUGCCCCCUAGCCCGUGUGCUCAGGACUCCCCGGAAUCCGACUCCGCCCGCCCUGUGUCGCCAAGCUCGUCAAGACAAGCCGUGACAUCGCCACACUCAGAGCCUGGAAAAGCGGACGGGCCAGUCAGUCCGACUGCACAAAUGCAGGAACCUCCGCAAAGCGAUGAUCUCGACAUGCUGCACCCCGACUCUGAUGCCAUCCUGGAUCUCCUUGAUGAGCUCGAAGGUGACAUGUAG